CUCUGUUGUACGCGUUGUGAUACCGUCGUCUGUGUUAGGAACUUUGUUUAAGACGCGUCUUUCCUUGGUCUUUAGUAUUUUCGGUCUAUACCAGCGCGCACAACAUAUUUCGUGUUUGUUUUGUUAUGUGUUUUUUCUUGUGGAAUAUCGUCUCGUCUUAAGAAAGUAACAAGUUUUGUUUUUUUGUUUGUAUGAAAAGAAUAAUGUAAGAAAGAAAAUACGAAGAAGAAGAAGAAAAUGCUGUAAAGAGUAAAGAAAAGAACAGCAAAAUGUGAGAAAAAUUAAAAAAAUGUCAAAGCAUGAUUUUUCAAAAUAUACCUAAAUAAAAUAACAAGAAAAAAAUUUAAACAAAGUGAUAAAAAGUGUGGAAAUCUUAUUAAAGAUUUCACACCUUGAGUAAACGUUGCCGCCCAUACCUAAUGAGGUACAAAAAAUAUAUAUUAAAUGCCAAUAAUCAAGAAAUAUCUACAAAAAGGUGCUAAGUUGUAUCAAAUCAUGCAAAUUAAAUAAAACCGUGCCAAACAUCAACAUAAUUAAUUUCCAUUAAAAAAGUGUAUAAAAACAAAUUAAGAAGAAAAAAAGCCAGCAAAUACCAGCGGUUAAGCACAAGGGAAAGACAGACAACGUUUUUGGCAAGGCCAGUCAUUUAAAGUUAGGAAAAGUCUACAAUCAUCAUCGUCAUCAACGUCUACCCUUCAACGAGUUGUAAAACCCCAUUCAGACGCCCAUCAUCGAACUGACAACCAUCGUCAUCAUCAUCAUCAUCAUCGCCAUCGCCAUCAUAAUUCUACUCUCUAAGCAUUCCCUUUAUUCAUGUCCGAGGAGUAUUAAAGGAAUACAAAAAAGGAGCAUUUCAAUAACAAAUAACGACUAUUGGCUAAACUAAGGUUCCGCAACACUGCAUAGUCAGGCUAGCCCAUAGCUGGGUGAAAAGUGUGAAACACACCCAAACAACUACCUGUGGUGACCGCAUUCAUUCAUUUCACUUUUUCCCGGGUCAUUGGAAAGUCAGUUUCGGCGGACUGGUGGUGACAGAAAACCACACCAUCAUCCCUUCUUUUGACCAAGGCCAGUGUUUUCAAUAUCACCUGCUGCUGCUGGUGCUGCUGCUGGUCUCAAAGUGUGGUUCGUUGCGAGUGUCUGCCUUGUGGUCGUCUUAACAUCAUUGUUGCACUUGUCUACAAUUUCAAACGGAGUGAAAGGAUAUUUGUUACGUUAUACACACAUGGAUAAUGUUAAUUAAAUAUCAUUUUUACCAACGAAUAUUUAAUUCUUUUACUAUAUGAAUGGGAAACGUUGGAAGUUCAACUUGAAAAAAUCGCUAACGCUAAAGCCAACAAACGACUGUCUGAGUAACAACGAAAGAGUUUCCCUAACACAAGUCUGCGUGCUUGAAAAUAAAGAAAGAAAGAAAAAAAAAAUAGAAAAUAAAUAUAUAAAGAAAGCAAAUAAAACCAUAGAUAAUAAAAUUGUUUUAUAAAUGUUAUAAAAAACGAAAAACAACAACAAAAGCCAGUAACAAAAGUACCUCCAUGGGAAUUCAAUACUUGCCAAUUAAAAACAACAACGAAAAACCCAAAAUAUCAGCAAGAACAAACGCCGAAACUCAAGAGAAAGAAAUCAAUAACGCAAUACAGAUAACAUCCAGUCCAGUCUACAGUAUUAAACGGGAGAAAGAGAGUUCUGAGUAUCAAACAUUGGUAUUGACUUUCCCCUUUUGCAUUUCAACGAAGAAGGUGUAGUGCAGCACAGUUUGGAAUGCACUCUAAGCCCUUUUUGUGGAUUAUAUAAAAAUUUAAGGAAUUUCCCUAAAGUAUUAGUUUUGGCGAGUGCAAAAAAAUUUUUUUUUUUAAAUUUAAGCCACAUUUUAAAUAUUCUCACAACACAAAAUGGAUCACUUGGAUUUAGCCGGUAUUAUGACCACACCACCCCAAUGGAAUACUCCAGUAUUUGAUCAACAAGAUGCCAUAUAUCUCUCCUCCUCCCGCCAAAUGUUGGAACCCAUUAUGGAAGAAACUUCCGAGGAUGAGGAAUAUGCCUUAAAUUCCUGGAAUCAAUAUGACUCCCAUCUCAGCGAUGGCGGUGGAGGGGGCAAUGAAAGCAGCUGCAGUGUGGAAGGCAGUGGUCGUGGUACUGGAGGUGGUGCUAGUUUUUGGAGCUCGGCAGAGUCGGACACGGGUUCGGUUAUAAGAGUCGAAAUAACUAAAGAUAAUGACUCCACUUCGGAACGCGAUAUUUUGUGCCCGGCCAAACGAGCUCGCCGUUGUGAGGAUUCCCUGUUAAUGGGCAACAUGCCAGCCAAUGAGGAUGAGGUCAUAUUGAGAAGACCUUUUUGUGGAGAUAUGAAAAAUAGUAGCCUGGAAAGAUUUUUAAACUAUGAGAAUUUCUCCCGCGACUCUUGGGGCACUGUAAGCAACCCCCAAAGAAAUAGUUUGGGUAAUCGCCGCACUGGAGGAGCAGGAGGCUUUGAUGACUUCUUUUCCGAUACGGAUUCUUUGUCCUAUAACUCAUUGAGUCGCUCUUCCUCGCUUAUACAGUUUGAGUCCUUGGAGAGGCAAUUGCUGCUGCAGGAGCAACAUGCCAGCAUGAAUAGUUUGGGCAAUUCUUCACCCUCGCUGUUAAGCUUUGAUACCCAGAGUGGGGAGGAAAAUGCCUCAAAGUCCGCGGGAGGAGGAGGAGGAGGCAACUCAGCCAACAACUCGGGCAAUAAUAGUCGCAGAGGUUCACAAUCCUCUUUGCUGAAGAAAUAUGAAUCGCUGGAUGGUCGUCUGCAUCAGACCUAUUAUGAUUUGGAUAAGCUCAACUUUGAUGAUAUGGAGGAGGCCAGCAGAGAGCCCUUUGGCCAAAGGGGUGCUCUGAAACUCUCCACCCAUUUGGCAGAACUGAGAUCCGAUUCGGAAUCUUCUUCAGAGGGUUCCGAGGGCUCCUCAAGACCUCAAAGUGUUUUGUUGCCCUGCGAUUCGAUGGACAAUGAGUAUCUUAGGAAAUUCCAACGCACCAAUUCCCAACAAAGCAAAAAAGGCAAAAGUUCUGCAGAAAAUCUCUCAGAGGAUUCCGGCUAUUGUGAGCCUAUGAUGGGCUUUGCCAUGCGUAGAAGUAAAUCACAAAAUUUGUGUAAAAAUUAUGAAAAAUUCUCCGAGGAAGAUGAAGAACUCAUGGAACACAAAUCGCUAAGCCUACAAUACACAGGGGAUUUUGAGGCAAGAGAAGUGGAGGAAACUAAUGAAGCAACCUCAACAGAACUGGGAGAAAAGGCCAACAAACAUUCCAAUUUGAAAGGCAGCAACGAAUUUAAAAAUACUUCUUCCCCAAGACAACAACAUGGCCAACAGCAGCAGCAGCAGCAGACACCUCCCACCUCCCCUUUGCUUGAUUACAUGCGCCACAAGCAACGCAAUGCCACACACUCACCAUCGCCGGUCUCCUCAGAAGUGUCGACAUCAUCCAUAGCAUCGAGCAAAAAUUCAGCUUGCUCCUCGGCAUCCACAACAUCAUCAUCUGCAUCAUCAUCAUCAUCAUCAUCAACGAGUGCCUCUUCUUCUUCAUCAGGCUCUGGCUCUUCGACAUCAUCGGCCACGACAUGCGCAUCUAAAGCCUCUUUCACUUGGCUAAUGCCCUCAACAAAUCCAACAACAAUGCCAACAGCUCCCCAAACAACGACCACACCGCCGAGAGUAUUCGAUCGCCAUGAAGAUACCCUCCGAAUUAGUUUAAACGAUCAACGUGAAAGGAGAACAUCUUCUAACGGGAAAGACGCCAACGAAGAUCAUAAAAAACGGGAAAAAAUCAUAGCAAAUACGCCAGAAAAUGAGCCCAAAGCAGGGGGAACGUUCUCGUUGUCGCUAUCGUUAUCGCCUGCUGAUAGGUUCCCAAAUUUUGUGAGCCAUCAUAGUGUAGAGGAAAGUGCGGGGCCUCAUGCCACCACCAAAGAAAAUCAAUACUGUGCAAAUUGUUUAAGUGCUGGUGAAAACGAAAAAUUCCAAAAUCUCAACUGCCAAUAUUGCCAACGUUUAGAAAAUCUAGCAAAAAUCGAAGAACAAAAUCUAGCACAAAAAAUUAGUGAACAACAAAGAAAAUUAGAUUUAGAUUUUAAUGAAGAUCUUGAGUUAAGCAACCAAAAACAUACUCCACAUACCCCACAUCAUCAUAAUCAUCAACAUCAACAUCAUCAUCCAGAGGAGCCUAGGGAUUAUUUUGUGGCCUCAAACUCCUCGGAAUCGGAUUAUUCGCCCGCGGGUAUAAGAAAAAGUUUGCAAAACUUAAUGCAGCAUUGGCCAGAGCGUACCUCGAGCGUGCCUAAUGAAUUGAACAGCUUGGGACGUAAAAAGAAAUACAAACGUUGCCGCUCCUCCAAGUAUAAUGCCAACAAUCCUCAUCGCAAUAAUGACCUUGCCCUAAGAGAUAAGACCCCCCUCAGUCAUAGUAACAGCAACAGCUCCGAGGAUUUACCAACCGCAGACAGUUUGGAAGAAGUCUAUGAACUCAAAAGAAGUUCCAGUUGGUGUUUUGAGAGUUUCGAAAAGAAAACUAGUCCCACAGCUCUAGAAUUUCCCUAUACCUGUUCCAACAUAGUAACCAACAAACCCAAGGAAAUCAAAAAUUUGGGUCUUUUGCAUCAAUCCUAUCAUAAUUUGGCUCUUUUGGAUUUGGAAAGUAAGGAUCAAACAGAAUAUCUUUUGCACAACAAAAUGGCUGAGAAACGUUUAUCCUCCGACUUGGAGACCGAUAUAGUCUGCAAAAGCAACUUUCUUUUAGAUGAGCUAUCGGCCCAUUACGAUAGAACCGCCUCCAUAUUAAACGACCGUCCUUUGAGCAAGGAAAGAGAUUUUUACAAAACUUCAGAUGAAACUGAUGGCCAACAACAACAACAACAGCCCUUGGUUUCGGGCAAGCCCAAGGUACCCCAAAGACGCCGCAAAUCCUCCAACUCCAGUUAUUCGGAAAAUUCCGAAAACACCGAUGAUGAUCAAGUGCAACAUGUCCAAUUGGUCAUACGCCAGCCUCCAGCACGCCAGAAACGCCAUCCACAUGAUCAGGAUAAGGCCAAUAGUCUAACCCAAGACUACACCUUCAGCUCCAUAAUGCAAGGCAAAACCUUUGAUCAGGAUCCCACCAUGCUUAGGACCAGCUAUGCCCAGAGUUUGGAGAAAUGCAAUUUCGAUUGCAGUGAAAUAUCGCAAACGGAUUUGAGUCGCUCACGCAGCAUGCCCAAAAGGCGUUUCCAAACUCAAGCCUCCUCGAAUAAAAAGAAAAAUCUGGUCUCCUCUACACCCAACUUGAAUGCCUUUCAACAGGAUGAACGCGAUCUGGAAGAUGAUAUGUAUGUCUCCAGUGCCACCACUUCCAUGCAUCAAUUGCCUUUGGCCCAAACCCAAAAACCUUUGGGCAUUUUGGUGGCGACCGGUUCUAAAAGCUCCAUAGGCAAGGGUGUCAGCUUUUGUCCCACAGUAUCGAAAUAUUCUUGGCAAGAGCAAUCCUCGGAGGAGUGUCAUGAUGGUUCUGGGGAAAUUAUGGUGCCCACUGUGGUGCCUGGCGCCGCAGGAGGCAGCGAGGAAAGUGAUGAUGAACUCUUGGAUAAUUGUGAUGCAGUGGUUUUGAAAAAUACCAAAGAAAAUGAAAAUAUAGGCAAUCUGUAUCGCACCAUGGCCCAGCAAGAAGAGCAGCAAACAAUGCAAGAGAAAUAUAAAGCCGUCAUCAAAGAGUUGCCAACCAUAAGAUCAACAGAGAGCCCAGAAGAUGUACUCUUAAAUAAAGAGAAAGCCGAAGAGCAUUUGCUCAAACCCUCCAACCUGGCAAAGAGAGAACAAAAAGAGAAGGAAACAGAAAACACAACAACACCAACACCACCACCAGCACCACCACUAACAACGACCACACAGUGCCCGCAAGCGAACGUCAUGGCAUGGCGAAACAACGAAACACUGGAACAUGAAACAGAUGGCAAUAGGUCUGUUAUAACCACUGCCACAUUUAGUUUAACAACGAACGUAAACAAUGAAACAUUAAACGGUAAACCGGAUACGUCUGCUCUAAAAAAUCUAACGCCGCACAACGAAACCUCAAAUAAUUCUCUGUUAACAGAACAAAAACGUCCGAAACCUUUAAAACCCACCAUCGUUAUAGCAAGGCCCAUAAGCAUACAAUUACCCAUAUUGUCAGAGCCUCCCAUUAAUAGGGCCCAUCACAUAUUGUACGCCUCCCAACAAAUGUUGGAUAAUUUCCAAAGGCAUCAGGAAAACGAAAUUAACGAACAUUCUAACAAAUCGCAAUCGGUACAAAAUCUCAAUAGAAUGUCUUCCCAAACGGGCAGUGGUGGCCAAGUGGCCAGCGCUAGUGGUGGAAAAAUCAAUAAUAACAAUGAGGUGAUGAAAUCGAAAUUUAAAGCCGAUGAAAAACAUCCAAAUUCCAAGGGAUUUUUAUCGCGUUUUACCAAUGGUUUUCGUUUUUCCAUGCGACGCAACAAAAAGAAGCCGUUAAACAAAGAAGCCAACAAUGGGCAACAAGUGGGUCAAGAACAGCAACAGCAACAAGGGGUGGCAACCACAACAACAGCACAAACACCACCAACACAAAACAACAGCAAAAAACAAAAGGCCAAUGGUACCUCCUCUUCUUCAUCCUCUAAGGCUAAUAAGAAUCAGCAAAAAGUCUUAGCUAAUCAAAAACAACAACAACCGGAUUAUAUUUACAUACCCUUGAAAGGUCCCUUGCCGGAGAAAUAUGAAACGGGUUUCUUUGAAUCUCAUAACACUGCAGAGAAUACCAGUGGCAACACUGGCCCUAUGACAAAUGUCAUAGGGCAGCAAACAAAUGGCAAUGCCCUCAACGCAACAGCUGUUCAAACGAAAUUGGCAACUGUGCAGAAAAAAGGCGGCAAAACCAGUGGAGAGCAAAAAGUUAUGGGCAAGCCGCCCUUACCACCCCAAGCACCACAGCAGCUACAACUACAACAGCAGCAGCUGACUAUGCAAAAACCCCAAAGCGCACAAUCCUCUCAACAGCAAAUUGGCUCAAGCCGUUUUUACACCAACGAACUAAGCUCUUCGGCUGCCGCCUACCAACCCCCCUCGUCCACAAGCGCCAGCACUGAAGAUUUUCUGGCCAACGAGAGACAGCAUUCGCAACGUCAGUCCUUUGCCAAUGAUGAUACGCAUCAGAACAACGCCAAUAUGAGUGCAACAUCCACCGCGGCCGCUGCCAACGCCGGCAAUGCUAAUUAUGAGUUUGGUGCUUCGCCCUCACGUGCUACCGUUUCGCAAAAAACCCAAAUGUUUAAUAAUCUAUCGUCGCGUAAUUCAGCCGUCGAACCAAAAAUCGGUCUAAUCGAAACCAAUCUGGAUACCCAUGAAACCAUUAUAACGGGCAAAACACGCUCCCUCAUGAAUAUCGGUCCCCAUCAUAUGACCACGGUAACCGGUAAACGUUUACAUUCACCCCACUCCGGAGGUGGCGGCAACACCUCCGCUGCCGGCAUGGAUGGUCGCGAUGUGCGUGAUGGUGAUUAUGAUUAUGAUGAUAAUGAUGAUGAUGAGGUUGUAGUGCGUCCCGAUGGCACAGUGGUAGUGAUAAAAAAUGCCGGCUCCCAUCAUCAUCACAAUAGUGGUUCAGCUCAAAUUGCUUCAGUGCGUCGCCCUCACAAAUCAAUGGAAUUCCUAUUGGAUAAAGAGAAUCAAAAGGAUGUAAUGCCUCCUGAAAAUGAGCUUCAAAAAUCCCACGAUCACAAUCCGGCCGCCUUAAGUGAACACCAAUUGCGCAUACAAGCCUCACUGCAACGUCUCAACAUACCCGACUGGUUUAGGCAAUACAAUCAAAAAUCGCCCGAUGGUGCCGGCACUGGCGGCUAUAAACCUGGCAACUUCACCCGCAAACGUACCCAGGAUUCUGGCCGUUGGGCUGGCCUUAACUCAAAGACCACAUCACUCAGUUCGCUGGGUUCACAGCGUUCCGAUCGUAGUCCUUUGCUGUUAAGUCCCUCGGCACACAGUCAUCAUGGUGGCCAGAGUGCAAGUGGUCAUGGGCCACAAACACAUCAUCAUGGUGGUGUGGGUGUGGGACACUCGGGAGCCGGCACUGGUGCUAGUGGUGGAGCCUUCUCAAGGUGGUCCACCUCACAUUUGAACUCGUCGCAAACAUCACCCAGUGUCUCACAGAGGGGUUCCUUUUCACGUGGUGGCCCCAUCAAUUCGAGCUUUAUAUCGGUGAAUAGCGGUCACAGUAGUGUAAUAAGGAAUUCAAUGCGUCAACCCUAUUUGGGAUGGAGAAGUCAAGAGAAAUUAUCACAAAGAACAGCACAUGAGAGAUUGGCCUCAUCUUUGUUGUCACAACAGCAGCGCACAUCACCCACAACCAAUACCCCUGGCCAAACGGCGGCCAAUCGUAAACUGCAACCUGUCACCCCGGAGAUACAGUCUUCCAUAAAGGAAGUCACUUCGGCCAUUGUACAUUAUGUCAACGAUCAAACAAAUCAACAGCGCAGUAGAUCAACGAGUCCAAAUUCGAGAAAAUGUUGGCUUGAAUCUUCAUUUGUGGGCAUACGUCCGUUGGAUUCACCACAAACACCUGUCAUCGAGGGUGCACCGUUUAUUGGGGCCACAGCAGCCAAUCUAAGACCUGGAAAUAUUAACAACAACAACAGCUUCCAUAUUGCCAAUCAUAAUAUCGAUGCCGGUAAUGCAACAGUGGUAACGGCGUCAGCAUUUUUAAAUUCAUCGGCGCCCUUAACCGGAAAUGAUUUACAGCAAUUAACACGUAUGAACAACGGUGGUCUUAACAACGGUACGACGAGUACAAGUAGUGGUGGAGGUGGUGCUGGCGUUGGCGGUGUUAUACAUUAUCCCGUCGCUCCAGAACGUUCCCUGAGUAAUGCAUCGCUAGAAGAUGUUUUAGCCUCCCUUUUAGGAUUAAACCCACAUCCACAACAACCGUUAAGCGGAGGCAACCAACCAGGGUCAUCCUCAUUAGCCAGUGACGCAUUUGCUAGGUCCAGCACAGGCGGCGCUACAGUUAAUGAUCACAAGCAAUAUAUGACCCAAAAACAACAGCAACAACUUCCCCAGCAACAACCACAACAACAGCAAGGUUCAAAUCUUUUAGGCAUUUCCAAGGAGGAACAACAACGUCUACGUCGACGCAGCGAAGGAGAUGCGCCAACGAAGCAGCAAAAGCAACACCAACAGCUGCAACAACAGCAACAACAAUACCAACAACAGCAGCAACAACAACAGCAGCUUGAACAGAAAUUCCAACAUCAGACUACCCAUGCCAAUAAGGCAUAUGCCAGUGAUUCAAUCACCACCCUCACCAACACCCAUACGAAGGCGGGCAACAGCGGAGCAACAACAGCAAAUGGCCAUGCCGGUGGGGGCGGCGGCAGCGGUGCGUUCUUGCCGCCCCGGCGCGUUUCGCUCGGUGACUCCUCAGAGUCGAAUAAUCGCACCACCACCGCCUCUGGUGAGCUGCAGGUCAAGUGUCGCAAUAACAAGUGCGAUCGCACUGCCACGCCCCUCGACGCCAAAAAGUAUUACAAGUCAUGCCACAAUUGUACCUAUCUAUAUUGUUCGCGUGAAUGUCGCCGAGCCCACUGGGAGAAGCAUCGUAAAGCGUGUCUCCACUCCCGUGUCUCAAAUCUGUGCCGCCAAGUGUUAGCAUCCUGCAAGGAUGACAGCGACUCUUUGCGCCACCUCAGUCUGUUGGCGCGCAAAGGGUUCCUAUCUCAGGGUCGUGGGGUGGUGCGCAUCCUCUUUCGCUCUCCUGAAUCGGCGGAGGGCUUCAUCAAGAAUGGCUUUCAGUGUAUGGGAGAGGCUUCGUAUGUGCGCUGGGCCGAUUUGAUGCCCGCCGAAAUGGGCCUGGAAUUGUAUUCGGAAUUGCUGAAACUGAGCACUGAGUAUCGCCCAGAUUCCAAGAUGUUGGUCUAUGUGGCCGUUUGUGUGGUCUCCGAGGCGCCCAGUGUGGGUCAGGCUCCGGUGCGUUGGGAACGCCAAUUGGUUUCACGUUGUGCCAAACUAAAGCUGUGCAAAACCGUGCUGGCUGAGCUGGACCAACAGCCCACGGCCAUUUUGCAACAACCCAUAACCAUGGUGGCUGUGCCUGAGCCCACCACCGAGGUACUCAUACUCACCUUUAAUCCCCAGCUGCGCAAUGCCACGGCCCAACGUGAAAUGGUGCUCUCCAAUAUCUUGGACAUACUCUCAAGGCGUGGUGUGAUAUUGCGCAAACAUUAUCCCGAAAUAUUCCAACGUUUCCAAUCCUAUACCGAGGGGCAGACGGACAAAAUCAAUCCGGUCACCCUGCAUCCUCGCGAUUCUCAGACAGGCCAAAAUUUUGUGUGCAUCAUAAUGCCGGUACAGUCGGAUACGGAAAUCAUCAAACUACCCUCCAUGGCGGAUGGUGGCAAUCGGGUGACCUCCAUUGAUGUGGGCUCACCCACGGCCAUAACGCAACUGGAGGACAAUGAGCUGUUGACGCGCACCAGCAAUUCGGCUGUUGCAAGUUGAUUAAAAUCAUCCCAACGUAGUCGUGGUCAUAGAAAAACUAGCUCAAACGGUAGUAGCAAUAGCCGCAGCAGUAGAAAUUCUUCGCCCCAAUUGAUUUCCGCCAUAUCGGGGGUGGUGGUGGUGACCUCAACGGAGUGUUUUAAUUUGGAAAGUACGCGCAUGUAAAAAGAGACAAAAGGGACUGGUAGCUGCAAGAGAAAACCAAUUGCCAAGAAAGCUUAAAUAAACUGCAAAAGCUCACUCUCUGCCCUACCCCUAUCCUUCCCUACUCUCUCCAUUCUUAUGCUUUCCUAGCCAUCUAAACCUCUAGAACUUAAUCCGACAAAGCCCUUAAAUAUUCACACUCUCUCUCCACCUCUCUAUCUUUCCGAACUACAGGCUAUCACUAUCUCUCUCUUUCGCUCCCUCUCUCCCUCUCUCUCUCUCUCGUACAAGUUAAGCCAUUUUUAUUUUAUUUCUCUCAUAAGACAUAAAGAAAAUAAAUGAAAUGAAAGUAAUUGAAAUGAAAUGAAAUCUUUAUAAAACAGCUUUUUUUGGACUAGAUAAACUAAAAUUAGUCAUAUUUUUAAUUACAAAUUCUCUAAGUUGUGUAUUAAGUUCAAACUCAAAUGUUUCUUAAUCUAAGGUAACUGUAACUUGAAGAAAUAAUAAAACCAAAUAAAAAGCUUUUCAUUAACCAUUA